GAAGAGUCCCGGCAGACUGGGGCGUGGAUAAAGAGAAGCUGCCCCAACUCGAGGUGCUGGUCGAGGAAGGCCCCACAUCGAGGGCCAGAUUCGAUGUGCACAUUUAUGUGGAGAGGCAUCCGGACUAUUACGUCAACAACGUCAUCUUCUUUGUCGGCAUGUUCACUUUGUGCACGGCUUUUGCCUUCUCAUCUGCAGUCACCACCAAGAAGAAGGACACAGACCCCACUUCUGAGCACAAGCAAUUGGAGAUACUCCUAACCCUGCUGCUCACCACUGUCGCGCACAAGAUUGUGCUGGCGAGCUGGUUGCCAGUGAAGCCAUACCAGACAAGUCUCGACUACUACAUUAUGUUCUGCUUUAUGUUCCAGGUUGGGGUCAUGGCCUACUGCGUCUGGGCGGAGCCGAUCGAGGAUCAGCUCGCAGAAUGGGCCAGCAAUGCGGGAACAGCCGGAUGGCGGUGGGCCGAAUCCCUGUUCCAGAUCUAUGAGCGCUGGGGCUCCUACACUGUCUACGGGCCGCUUCUCCUACUCCACCUCUUUGUCUUUGCGGUGCUGAAGUUCCACGACAGCAACAAGAACCCGGUCGGUCGUUGGUUCUACGACCGUCUCUUCAUAGAGGACUGGCACAGCGUGUACAGGCGGAAGCAGGUGUGGCCCAAGAAGGACCCACCUUGCUCCAUCUACCAAGAAGGCUUGGAAGAGAAGAUGGUGGAGUCGGCCGUGGAGUCAGCAGUGGAGUCGGACAGCGAGACGCAGUCCGAGACUUGA